AUGUCGCCGCUGAAUCUCGUUGAAAUCGACUCCCUAGAGGCUCAUGUCCUCAUUGACAAUGAACUGGACCCCAUGUCACCCAUCGCUCCAGACACCGUCCAGGUGUCGGGUCUGAUGGGCCAUCUGGCUAUGGGCUCGCCCCAUAAUCUAGACGAUAGAGGAGACGCGCAUAAGGAACUCAGAAUGGAGGACCUCUGUUGUUCAGCCCAUGGUCUAUCAAUUCUUUUGACCGCAACAAAAGGAGGCAAGAAACACUCAAUUCUUUUCGAUGCGGGCCCAGAAGAAGACGCAUGGGAGAGGAACACCCGGCGAAUGCGACCGGAUCUUUCCUCGGUGGAGCUGGUUCAACUAUCCCACUGGCAUCGGGACCAUUCAGGCGGUCUCCCCCGGGCGGUUCGCAUGAUCAAUGAUGCCAAAGAAGCCAACGGGCUUCCUAGAGACUUGAUAGUUGAUGUUCACUCCAACCGCCCUGACUUUCGCGGGUUCGCCAUCGGCGAGAACAUCAUCUCUCUCCAAGCGGAUCCUUCUUUCGAAGAGCUCGAAGCUGCCGGCGCAACCAUCGAGAAACAAGACGUCGCCCAUACCGUGCUUGACGAUUUCUUUCUCAUAUCUGGCGAGAUACCGAGACGGACACCUUAUGAGACAGGAUUGAAAUACGGGAUGCGUUUCAACAAGAAUGAUAACGAAUGGACUUCUGACGAGGUUAUUGCUGACGAGCGAUUCAUCAUGUGCAAUAUCAAAGACAAAGGAAUCGUCAUGCUUACUGGCUGCAGCCACGCUGGAGUCGUCAACUGCACGCAGCAUGCGCUUGAGCUUGCAGGGGGGCGUGUCCGUCUACAUGCUGUUAUUGGGGGUUUCCAUCUGGCGACGAGUGACGCAACUCAAAUAGAAAGCAGCAUCAAAGACUUGCUGAAAUUGGACCCCGCUGUACUUAUCCCAGGGCAUUGCACCGGCUGGAGGGCUAAAUUUGCUAUCGAGAAGCGACAGCCUGGGAUGCCGAUUAGAAUCUUCCUCCAUGACCGUCGAAUAUAUCGCAAAGGCGGAGCUCAUGCGCCCUCGGGUCCUCAGGAUAUCAUCUCAGCCACCCGCUUCUUUUUUGCUGUCGUCAAGGCGCAGAAGGAGCACCGCCUAUACGAGUUCUUCAACAAGUGCCUUGAGCACGGCAACCCAUCAUCGCCAAACUGCGUUGAGAGCAACCUCUUUGGCUCAUUCCGGGUCAUUCAAACCCGCGAGCCCGCGCACCUCAAGGCCGUCUUGACCGGGAAGUUCGCAGACUUUGGCAAGGGCGAGCUUUUCCACGAGCUCUGGAUCCCGUUUCUUGGGGAUAGUAUCUUCACUACCGAUGGCAAAGAGUGGCAGGGUAGUCGUAACCUGAUCCGGCCGAUGUUCAUCAAGGACCGGAUCAGUGAUCUUGACAUCUUCGAGCGAAAGGUCCAGAUUAUGCUGAACUUAUACAGCCCUUCGGGUGAACCAACCGACGUUAUGGACCUGUUCUACCGAAUGACCCUGGAUGCCAUCACUGAAUUCCUUCUUGGAAAGAGCAUCGACAGUCUCGAAAACCCACAGGCCGACUUUGCCGUGGCCUUUGCGGAAGUCCAACGCAUCCAAACAUUGCUGACGAUGAUCGGCCCAGCUCAGCAUUUCUAUCCACGCGGGAAGUACAACGAAGGCCUCAAGGUCAUCAACGACUUCGUCUGGCCAUUCGUGCACGAAACCCUAAGCCUCCAAUCCCACGAAGUAGAAAAGGGCCCAGAAAAGUCCUUCACCUUCCUACACGCCCUAGCAAACUACACCCGUAACCCCAAGACCAUCCGCGACCAGGUCGUCUCCGUCCUCCUCGCCGGCCGCGAUACCACCGCCGCAACGCUCUCCUGGACCUUCUACGAACUCUCCCACUACCCGGAGACCUACGCAAAGCUCCGGGCCGAAGUCCUUGCCAAAGUCGGCCCGUCUCGCGCACCCACAUACGACGACCUCAAGAACAUGCCCUACCUCCGCCACACAAUCAACGAGGCCCUACGCCUCUACCCAGCCGUGCCAUACAACAUCCGCUUCGCGCUCACAGACACCUCCCUCCCCACAGGCGGCGGCCCAAACGGCGAUCUCCCCAUUACAGUGCUAAAGGGCGACGCCGUAACCUACUCAACGUAUGCCAUGCAGCGGCGCGCAGACCUGUACCCGCCUGCGUCCGAGCACUUCGCAGACCCUGGGAUUUUCUCGCCGGAGAGGUGGGAGAAGUGGGCUCCCAGGCCGUGGCACUAUAUCCCGUUCAAUGGGGGGCCGCGGAUCUGUAUCGGGCAGAACUUUGCGCUGGCGGAGAUGGGGUAUACGAUUGUGCGGAUUGUGCAGCGGUAUGAGCGGAUUGAGUAUGAUGGUGAUUGGGAGGGACAGUUUCAUAAGUCUGAGAUUGUGGGCACGCCGGGGAUGGGUGUUAAACUGCGUAUGUAUGAGGCGAGUGGAUGA